AAAUGUGUGUAGCUGCCUGAGGCUGUGCCGGAUUUACCCAGCAAGUGAAGUGAACAUGUUGAUGUAUGCAGGCAUUCUCACACCCAUGAAAGUACAGAAGAACUGUCGGAAACUGGAAUAAGGACUUUAUAAAACCACUUUUUUAUUGUUAGGGUUUUUCUUUCCGGUGAUAUUGAAGUCCAAGUCUCUGUAUCCCGUCUAGCCUACUCCUCACUAUGACUGAGCCUGCUGAGCUGCUGCUCAUCAAGGACCAGUAUGAGUUGGCGUUUCAUUCUCUGAGCCGUGGGCUGACUGCUGAAGAGGCCGGGAAAAGAGCAGAGGCCCUGGUGUAUUACAGAAAAGGUCGACAGCACCUUACUCAAGGACUGGAAGUUCCCACUGGAGCGGAGAGGCAGCGAGGAGCGGUCUGGGACACGGCCAGGCAGCUUCAACAGAGGAUGAGGGACACUCUGAGGACUGUCAACACCCACCUCUCAGACCUGGAGACCUCACAGCUGACAACAGGAUACCAGAGGGGCUGCCUUUUGAUGGAUCUUCCUCCCAAUCUUUAUCCAGACCUGGCUCAGAGCAGCCAGCCUCCCCGAAGCUCCCUCCACCAUCUGUACCCCACCGUACUGGCUAACGCUCAGAAGUCAACCCCAACAGUCCCUACCUGGCCUCCUUCCUCUGCUGUUCUGCACAUGCACACGCUCCAUGCAGCAGCUCCAGGAGAUAUAGCCAUGGCUAACCCAGGGGACCAGCCUCCAGCCUACACACCACAGCCAACUAUUGGCCACCGCAGUCUGUCUUACGGUUCUGCUGGAGGCAGCCUCGGGUCAGGAAAGCAGACCGGCGCAGAAGGAGAUGGAAACAUGCUGCUUUUCAUCCCCUCUGGGGUGCAGAUGUUUUUCGUGGCACCAAAUGGUCAGGUCAGCUCCCUGUCUCAUCCAGGCUACCUUCGCAUCGUCGCAUUUGACAGUCAGCACAAGGAUUCCACUGCUGGAAGACCCUCAGCAUUUCUACAUGUGUGUGACUGGCAGUACCCGCUGACAGCAGAAACUCCAGUGCUAUUGGCUAACUCUGGGAUCUUCAUGUUCCCUGACAUCUUGUCAGAGAUGCCAGGGUCCUACGUGGGCAUAGUCUUGUCCUCCGAACUGCCUGCUGUCCACCGAAAGACGUUUCAGGACCUCCUCUCACAGCUGGCUGAUCUCAGGGUCCAGGGUCCAGAUGGGGAAGGGUCAGAGGUCGUCAACCUGAGUGAGAAAAUCCCCCUUGGUCCCACGCAAGAGCAUGAAGCACUGACAGUACCAACAGGGGAGAUGGACAAACCACCACUUCCUGGUUGGAGUGAGAAGAUGGCACAAGGAAUCUUGACAGGAGCUACACGGUUGAGUUUAGAGUUUGUAAAAGGAGCUGAGGCCACUGGUAGGGCCAUUCAUAAAGGAGCAGCCAAGAUCCGGGACCAUAUCACGCCUGAGGAAACUCCUUCAGAGGUCAGCCCCCGUGUCACAAAAGGUCUGCAGGUGGCUAAACAGGCCACCGGGGGUGCUGUGCGAGUCAGCCAGUUCUUGGUUAAUGGAGUAAGUAUGGUGGCAGGACAUGUGGCAGACAAAAUGGCUCCCCAUGUGAAGAAACAGGGCGCUAAGCUGGUCCCAGAGUCUAUAAAGAAGAGCAAAGAUGGCGGACUUUCCAACUGGGAUGGAGCCAAGUUUGUGGCAGUCAGCAGUGUACAAGGUUUCUCUACUGUUUGGUCGAGUCUGGAGACCGGAGCAAAGCUUGUUGGCAAAAGUGUUGCAGCAGAGACUGUCACAACUAUGACAUACAAGUAUGGUAACGAGGCAGGCGAAGCCACUGACACUGGUCUCAAGUCCAUGGUCAAUAUUGGUGUGACUUCAUACAACUUUGACAAUCUGGGCAUCCUGGCCUUCCUGAAGACUGUAAGCAAGAAGACAGCCAAGGUCACUAUGGAAAUCCCGGAGGGACAGCCAGCACAAACUGAGGGGAAGGAGGCGCAGAAACGAGACCAUCAGGCAGAGACAAAUGGGAAAGUGAAGCAGAAGAAAGAGGAGGAAGAGAAAAAACAAUAGAUUCCCACAGGGUGUUAAAUGCUUUCCUUUAAGGUUUUUUGUCAGAUUGAUGGAUCAACUUCUCAUUAGCAGAUUAUAACGAAAUAGGCUACUCAUUUCCGGCGUGGAUAUUUAAUUGUAAUAACUGUGAAUGUAAAAACAACGAGGCUGACCUAUUGGAAUUAGCCUAAGUUAAGGGCACUUUUAUUUGUAUUUAUAUCUCUAUACGUCAAGGUUGGCUGCAUUGUUUUGUUUUACAUGAAUUAUCUUUUUGUGGUAUAAUAUGCUUGUCAUUAUAUUAAUGUGUACAUUUUUUUUGUGUAUGUUUUGUAUAUGACAAAACAUUCCAGUAAACUGACUUGACUACCUAGGCUA